AUUUACGUACCCACUCUGUUGCCAUAGUUACAGCAAGUCAAAACAGUCGGUGACGGAGCUCACUGUAGCAGCUAAACGCUUCUUUUUUCCAUGAAUUUUCGCUUAUUUCUUCUUCACAAGUUGUUCCCAAAAUAAAAAUGUCGGAUCCUCAUCAGAGAUUACACUUCGGCAGCUGUCAGGAGAGGAGACUCUUCCCCCUCUAUUAUGCACCAGACUGGCUGGGAAACCAACUGCGCCGACAGGAAGCGCCACAUCUCGGCCCUGGCUGCUAUGACAGCCAUGAGUUUGGCACCAUCAUUUAUGAUCUAGAGAAGACACCGGGGAGUAAGAAAGGUUAUGGGCUCUCUGCGAGGACUGCAACACGCUUUCCGCCCUGUAGCAAGACAGCGACCCCUUCCCCACAGCAGUACCAGCAGGAUCAAAGCUGGUCCAGAGUCCCCGCUCCUGGAAAAACACCUUUCAGCUCAACUACACACAGGUUCCAAAGCAUGUCCUGUGCAGCUGAGGACAGCCCCGGGCCUGGGACCUAUGCUCAUGAUGCAGAGACAAACAGGAAAGUGAGCUGGCCAAUGUGCUUUGGGAAGCCAGACUGGUCCAGACUACCGCAGCUGGAGAAGAAGUCACUCAGGGUGAAGCUCAACAGUGAAAAAGAGUUCCUGAAGCACAGAAACAGAGUGGCCUACUUGAGUUUGUAUUAUUAACUCUAAAGCUGAUGGAUGAACUCCUGUCCUCAUACCGAUGUCACAAAGGAAUCAUCUUACAUAAUUUACCAA